AUGACUGCCCCCGUGGAUUCAGGUGCUUCACUAAACGAUGCUUUUUCUACAGAUCCUGCUCCAAAUGAUUUGGAUCUUCCUGACCAUACUUACAACUCCGAAAUUGGAUUGAGCUCUCUGUUGUGCUCUUCAACAAUUCUGUAUCAACCAACAAAAUACAAAUAUCAGCCAAUAAAAGGAAUAUAUCAGGGUUGUGAUGCAUCGAUUUUAAUUAAUGGACCAUUGUCUGAGAAAACUGCGGGUCCUAAUUUGAGUGUUAGAGGGUACGAGUUUAUUGAUACAUUGAAAGGUGUGGCUGAAGCAAAAUGUCCUGAUGUCGUCUCUUGUGCUGACAUUAUCGCAAUUGCAACAACAGAACUUAUUAAGCUGGGUGGUGGACCAGUAUAUUCUGUACAAACAGGGCGAAGAGAUGGACUUGUAUCUAAUGCCCAAGAUGUGAGAAUUCCAAACCCAUCUGGGUCUGUUACCGAAAGUAUCCUAGCCUUCACUAAAAAAAAAUUUACUCCCGAAGAAAUGGUGCUUCUUUUUGGUGGUGGACACACAGUUGGAAAAUCACACUGUUCAUUCUUCCAAGAUCGACUUUACGGAGGAACUAGCCAAUUUGACCUAAAUAUGGACUCAAACCUUCGUCAACAGCUACGUCUUACUUGCCCCCGAGGCACAGCAUCAAAUAACUUCACAUUUUUGGAUCAAAAUCCACAAAGCUCUAGCAAAUUUGACAACUCUUACUUUGAUCAACUACUCAAAGGACGGGGAAUCUUACCAAUAGAUCAAGCCUUGUCACGAAAUCCUUUAACGAGUGGCUUUGUUCGACAAUUUGCUCAAAAUGGUGCUCUAUUCAAUACCAAAUUUGUAAGAGCUAUGAUUAAAAUGCAAGCCCUUGAUGUCCUCCUUGGUGAUCAAGGACAGAUUAGGAAGGUUUGUAGUAAAGUCAACUAAUAAGUCUCGCACAUUUUAUAGCACGGAAUAUAGUAAUAAGUGCCGAGAAUGUCUCAAUUCUCUUAUCGCAAAGAGUGUAUCCAUAAAUUGUUUUUUUUUUUUAAAUUGUCUCUAGUAUUUUUGGGCUCUUUUUGAGUUUCAAAUUCUUUUUUCUUCUAAAGAAAAACUCCUUUAUGUAUUAAGCUUUAAACGUUAAUUCUUUUUUGAAAGGGUAAUAGUCAAUUUAGGUAAUUGAUAUG